AUAUGAUCUAAGUAUUAAAAGUAUGUCGCUUUUAUUAUGUGCUGAAACACAUGGCCCCGGCCAUAAAAUAUUUAAUAUUUUGUUCUGAGGUAGCGUAGAUAAUAGUUGAUCAACAGUGACCAAUCGACAAAUUGUCAAGGUGGUGUGGUGGUCUGCGUCGUUAUAUGAUUCGCUUAUAUCACAACGCGUUGAACUAUAAAGUACAGAAUUGAAAAUAUCACACAAUAACAAUAUUAAUUUUUUAUUGGUUUAGUUGAUGAUACUAGCACUAUCAUUAUUUAUUAGGUUUAUUAGAUUGUUACUGUAAUACUGUUAUUGGAUUAACUACAUAAUUGAAUGUAUUUAUGAGACUUCAUUUGAAUUAAAUAAAUUCUAUUAAUUCUGUGUAUUGAAUAUUAAUAGAAGAUUUAUAUCAAACACCAACUUUUACUCUUUUUAGUAUUUAUUAAUUAAAUCUUAGAACAAAUAGCAAAAGUUCAUUCAAAAAAAAAAAAUGCUCGACAUAGAUGGAAAAACUCAUGAAAUGUUAAUAGACAAUUACAUUUCAAACCUUAAAAUAAAAAAAUGGGAAAAUAAUUAUGCAAUUGCAGAAAAAACUAUUCAGCUUUUUAGACAUUUUAUUGAUACAAUCAAUUGGUCAACAACUAUAGAAUUACUAAAUCAAUUGAGAGAAUAUGGAUUCCAAAUCACGUCAGCAUUACCACUACAAUUUAUUGUUGGUAAUAUUAUUCGACGUAUAUUAAACAUUGUUCGAGAAGAAUAUACUGCUGCCAGAAAAAGCUCUGAAGAAGAAAUUGAUGUACAAGACUCAUUACAUAAAAUAGUUACAUCUGAAGAUGAUGUUGAUGACUAUAACAGCAUUGUCCCUGAACUUAAAUUAUCAAUUUUUGAACAUUUAGAUGAAUUUCAAAUAGAGAUAGAAUCCAGUAAUGAAGAUAUUUCUAAACAAGCGCUUGAACAUAUUCAUUCAAAUGAAAUUAUUCUUACUGUUGGAAAAUCAUCUGAAGUUGAAAUGUUUUUAAAAGAAGCUGCUAAAGAUCGAAUUUUUGAAGUAUUCAUAACAGAAUGUUCCCCCUUAAAUCAUGGUAGACAAUUAGCACUAAAUCUCUCCAAACAUAAAAUUCAGUCAACUUUAAUUCCAGACUCUACAAUGUUUGGCAUUAUGUCUAGAGUGAAUAAAGUAAUUAUUGGGGUUGAUUCUGUUAUGGCCAAUGGAGGUCUUAGAACAUUCAAUGGUUGUCAUGCUGUUGCUUUAGCUGCAGCUCAUUACUCUGUUCCGGUAAUAGUCUUAGCACCAAUGUAUAAAUUGAGUUCACGCUACUUAUGUUCACACAACCAGGAUGCAUUCAAUGAAUUUGUUUCACCAGCUGGUGUUCUCAAUUAUUCAGAUUCAGUAAUAUCAAAAGUUGAUGUUUAUAAUCCUACAUAUGAUUAUGUCCCUCCUGAAAAUGUCACUCUAUUCAUUUCAAAUAAUGGUGGCCAUUCUCCUUCAUAUGUCUACAGAUUGUUAUCUGAAAUAUACCAUCCGCUUGAUUAUGAUUUAUCUGUUCAAAACAAAUAA